AUGACCUCCAGAUCGGAAACCGGGGCGGAGGGCAUCUCCGCCCCGGAGCUGUUGAACAAGGCCUGCGACCUGUUGCCCGUCCUCCGGGAACGGGCUGCGCAGACCGAAGAACUGAGGCGCAUUCCCGACGAGUCGGUCGAAGACUUAUUUGCCUCCGGACUUUGCCGCAUUGGGGUGCCAAAGCGGUUCGGCGGGCUGGACGUCUCCUACGGACUGGCCAUCGAUGUGGCUGCGGAGCUUGGGCGCGGCUGCCCGUCGACUUCGUGGUGCUACGGCCUCUGGGCGGCCCACGCCUGGCUGGUCGGCUUCUGGCCGCUACAAGCGCAGGAGGAGGUCUACGGGGACGGCCCGGACGUUCUGUGCUCCAGUUCGCUCAACCCAGGCAAGUCCACCUGCGAGGCCGUCGAGGGUGGAUACAGGCUGUCCGGCCGAUGGGAGUUUUCCAGCGGGUGCGACGCGGCCAGCUGGAUAAUGGUGGGAGCGCCAAACAUCGGGGAGCGCACCUGGGUGCUGGUGCCCCGCGAGGACUUCGAAAUCGUGGACACCUGGUUCGUCUCCGGACUGCGGGGCAGCGGCAGCAAGGACAUUGCCAUCCACGACGCCUUUGUGCCCAACCACCGCAUCCUGGAGGUAACGACGGCCGGGGUCAGCGACCUCAGCGCGUACGAACUGCACGGCCAGGCCCAGUACCGUGUGCCCGUCUCCACCCUGCUGGGGUGGGACCUUGUCGGGCCCAUGGUGGGGAUCGCCCAAGGAAUGAUCGACGAGUUCACGUCCCGGCUGGAGGGGACUUCCGGGCCGGGCAGGACCGCCGACUCGCCAGCCAUACACGUACGACUCUCGCAGGCAUCCGCAGAGGUAGAUGCCGCACGCGGGAUGAUGGAACAGGACGUCUGGGAAAUACUUCGCAAGGGCGAGGCCGGGGAGUCCUUCAGCCUGCUGGGGCGAGCGCGGUUUCGCCGGGACAAGGCGUUCAUUUCGCAACUCUGCCUGCAGGCGGUAAACCGACUGUUUGACCUGAGCGGUGGACACGGGUUGUUCGACUCCGUGCCCCUGCAGCGCUUCCAUCGCGACGCUCACGCAGUGGCACACCGCGACGGCCUAAUCAUGGAAAUGGGCGGGCAAGACUAUGCCAGGGUGCUCUUUGGCCUGCCGCCAUCCGGGCAGAUCUAG